AAUGAAGCUGACUAACUAAUGAAAUUUGUCCAGGCUAAGGUAUCCUCCUCGCACUUCUCUCGGAGUCAUUUAGGACAUGGCCUUGGACAUGGCCAAACACUGGACAACAGGACCAUAGCAAUGCUUUAAAAAACAAUGUAGCAUGUAGAUUGCUGUGACACCAAAGAAGACAUAAAUAGUGGGACAUAGAAUAAGCUGCCUUUCCAUUCCAUUUGGAUUACUUUCUAACAUUUUUGAUUUGGGGGUUCUGAGGAUAAAGAGUCUGAACGCUGAGGAGCCUGGAGGGAAGAAGACCAAAAAUGAAACAAGCAAUCUAUUACACCUGUCUCACAGCUUUGUACUUUUUGUUUGGCUGUGGGGCCUCAGAAUUGUCUUUUUUGCUGGAGCCCAGUGAUGUGAUUGCGGUGAGGGAGCGUCCACUCAUGCUGGACUGCCGGGUGCAGGGCGAAGAGCCGAUCAUUGUAACGUGGCGUAAAAAUGGACUGCCUUUACCCACCACAUCACGUGUCCGAGUCCUGGAAAAUGGCACGCUGCUAAUUCAGAGCUUCCAGAAACGCAGAGAGGGGGCCGAUGCAGAUAUGGGAGAGUAUGACUGUGCUGCUCAAAAUCGCUAUGGCAUGUUGCUCAGCCGCAAGGCAAAAGUCCAUUUGGCAUCACUCCCUAAGUUCCACACCCAUCCAGUGUCCAUGUCUGUGUAUGAGGGAGGUGUUGCUCGCUUCCAGUGUCAGAUCAACGGAGUACCUGAGGCCAAAAUCACCUGGGAGAGAGACAGAGUACUGCUCAACAACACUGACAGCAGGUACACACUCUUACCAAUGGGAAUCCUCCAGGUGACAGGGGUAAGGCAUGCAGAUGCAGGCGUUUUCCGUUGUGUUGCUACAAACAUUGCCAACACUCGCUACAGUCACGACGCCACACUUAAUGUCACUGGUGGAGCUCCCCGAACUUACAAGGAGCCAGUUAUCCUUUCAGGACCCCAAAAUCUAACCAUCACUGUCCAUGAGACUGCUAUCUUAGAGUGCAUCGCCACAGGAAACCCAAAGCCUAUCGUUUCCUGGAGCAGGCUAGAUGGCCGCUCCAUUGGGGUGGAGGGCAUCCAGGUUCUGGGGACAGGGAAUCUCAUGAUCUCAGAUGUUUCCCUGCAGCACUCUGGUGUGUAUGUGUGUGCUGCCAAUCGACCCGGCACCAGAAUGAGGCGCACUGCACUUGGGCGCUUGGUGGUUCAAGCUCCUCCUGAGUUCCUUCAAUGGCCACAGUCUGUGUCCAGACCAGCAGGGGGCAGUGCUGUAUUCACUUGUGUGGCUCAGGGUGUCCCCGAGCCUCACCUCAUCUGGCUGAAGAAUGGCAAGGUCCUGAUGCCUGGACAUAACAUCAAGUUAACCAAUAACAACAGUACUCUGGCUCUGACCCGCAUAGGCUUUGACGACGAGGCUAUCUACCAGUGCAUUGCUGAGAACAGUGCUGGCACUAACCAGGCAAGUGCUCGUUUGGCUGUGGCCCAGGCUAAAGACCUGCCUACUGCCCCUCAAGGACUCACUGCCACAGUGAUGUCCACCAGCACCUUGCAGAUCACAUGGAGUGAGCCAACCGCCAACAUCACCGACAGUAUCAUCGGAUAUGUCCUGCACAUACGUAAAAUAGGAGAGCCUGACAACCUAGAGCUACAGGAAGCCAUAAGUAAGGGCACCUUUCAGCAUGAUGUGACCAACCUGGAACCAGCAACAACCUACUCCCUCUACCUGAAGGCCUACUCCCCGCUAGGAGCCAGUCAGCAGUCCCGAACUGUGGUUGCCACAACACUAGGGGGUGUACCAACCCCACCCACAUACUUGACAAAAGUCUUGAACUCCAGCGCUGUACAGGUCCUCUGGGAGCUUCCCAGUAAAGCUGGUAAAGCUGAGGGCUUUAAGCUCUCCUACCGAAGGGUGCCCCAUUCAACUUAUCAUGGGCCAGUUCAGUUGUCCUGUCACAUCAAUGCUCACAUCAUCUCUAAUCUGGAUCAAGGUGCAGUGUACGAAAUCAAACUGGUGGCCUACAAUGGAAAUGGCGACAGUGACUGCUCGAAGAGACUAGUGUCACUUGCUGGGGAAGGCAUGAGCGACCAAGCCACUGGAGAAGACAGUCUGUGCAAGUGCAGAAAUGGAGAGGUGUCACUGGGCAGCAUCGUGAUUGGCAUUCAUAUUGGCACUGCCUGCAUCAUCUUCUGCAUUCUCUUCUUGUGUGGAUACCGUCGCAGCCUGUUUUGCAGUAAAGAGAGACAGGACAGCUGGUAUGUACAGAGGAUCACCACAGGACACAAUGACAACCCUAAAGAUGGCAGCCACCCCAGAGUGGAGGCAGCCUCUCAGCAGGUAAUCUGUCCAGCGCAGUGCCAGGUUAUCAUUGAGCAACAUUCAUCAAGUUUGCCUGGCACGGAGACACUCUAGACUAGGGUGGUCCUUUGCCACCCAAAGUCCAUCCUAAGCCCUACCUCAAACCAAAGCUCAAAGCCUAUAUUGCCUGUGAAAAUGCACAGGUAUGCAGAAAAAAACUUCAAAAACAUUGUGACCUGUCCUGUCCACAUCUGUUACAUAACCAAAAUGUUCUAUCCAUCAGAUCUACUCUAGUAAAUUACCAUGUAAGAAUGUGCACUAUGGUUUUAAAACACUGAAGCCAAACAUUCUUACAUGAAACACUGCAUUUGAUCUGUUGAGAUAGAACUUAUGAUUUUGCCUUCAGUUACAUAGCUGCCUUUGCAAACACCUUAUGAAGGUGAAAAUGAUUGUGAAAUGAUCUCUUUACAGGCUAUUUAAAGGGACCACCUAAACAGAAUAUAGAAUUAUUUAAUCUGCUUCCUUUUACCAAAAAGUUGUUCAUAUUCAAGGAAAGCUACUUCUGUCUCACAAGAAUUCCUGGGCCACACCUGAGACCAAUGCGAGCUUGAUGAUGAUUUUUCGUCUACCCUACCUCAACCAGAGAACCCUUUUCCCUCAAUAAUUGCUUAUUUGAUGAGUCCCAGUCACAGUUUCCAUGCCAGGUGACAACCAGUUCAGUCCAGAGAGUGCUCAACAUGAAUAAUACUAUGGAGAGCAUACUUAGGAGCAGUGGAGUGUCAGUAUUACUGCCACAAGCCUGCACCUUCCUGUACCAGAAAUUGGCAUUAACCUUAACAAACUCAAAUUCAAACCAGAACAUCUUUUCUUUCCAUCAACAUGGCCAGUUUUAGUGGAAUGCUGUGACAACAGAAGAUAAAAAGGAUGCCAUGUAGUGUUGCUUCUCUGUUACUGCACUACUGUACAGUUAUCCAUGGCUUUCAAAUAUCCACAUGUCCAUCUCCAAAGACAUUUGUGCAGAGGAUGUUGGUUCUCAGAAAUAUGGCCGUCGAAGAAUUCAUUGUGAAACUUUUAUGCCAAGCACUCCAUUUUCUAGUCCAUCAAAGAAGGCAGGAUGGUUGUUGGAUCUGCACAAACCGCAUGGAAUACUUAAGCUAAGCCAAAAAUGAUUAAAGCCAUGAUGCCAUGUUUAUUCUCCAGAUGCCAAAAAGGUUAGCCUUGGACCUCAGUGACAUUGCAUUGGUGGCUAAAGAACAUUUAAGCUGAGACUUGCCAGAAAUGCAUGCACAAAGUUCAUGUUUCACCACGUCUGCCUAUCCUGAAAAUGUUUUUGUGAAAACCAAGGUGAGUGAUACCCAAAGAUGUAAACAUUUGUUGUUGAUGCUCCUUUCAAAGUUACAAUGAUACACUUACUUUCAGUUUUGUUCAGUUCCUGGAUGAAAGGGGUUAGCUAUGUGUAAAAUGCUUUAACUAAACCCAAGCCAAAAUAAUUUUGAGUUGUCAAGAAUAUCUUUAAUGUCUUUUGAUUUGGAAAACAUCCUGAGUGUAUCCCAGGUGUAUUCCAUUAGUAUGAAACUCUUAUUUUGUUGAUUCUAGCAGCUCUCUUGAAAACAACUUUUAAAGAGUGACCAAAUAAAGAUGACAGAUAUUUUGAUAGAAGUUUUAUGUCAAUAUUAUAAAUAAUACUUACUUUAUUUUUCCUUGAAUUGGGUGAUUUUUUUGCCAAAUGCCUAACUACCUUAAAGAAAUAUGUAACCAAAUAAUAUUUUUAACACACAUAGUCCUUACAUUGAUACUUUCCCUUAACCAUAGCACAUACGUGAAUUUGAGCAGAAAAAAAUGUUGGAAAAUACAGUACGUGUGUAUUUGGUGAACAUUGAGAGCAGAUGUGACUAUUAAAGUUUCAUUUUAGAUUGUAUCACAGACAGUCACCAAGAGGCAGAAAACGUCUGCAUGACUUUGAUGAUAUACUAGGAAAAAAACUAUAUUGAUAUGCCUCAAACUUUAACACCGAUAAGCCAUAACAAUCCACUGAUGAGUCACAACUGUUUUGUAGGCACAAGGGAGACCUACACAAUAUCUGAAAGGUGGUCAUAACGUUAUGUCUGAUCUGUGUUUAGUCCUCAAUGUUCACCUUAGCUUCUAUGAGAGUUUCUUCAAAGCAGAACAGUAUGACAACACUGACUUAUCUCCCCCUUUCCUCUGUUAGGCACCAACGUGAUACCAAAAAGUGAAUUUUAUAUGGAAGACCUCAUAAGUCUUUGUUUUUGUAGUGUUAAGUCCGUAGUGGUUAAACUAUUUUAAGGAAUGAAAAAUUGUUGAUUCUGUUUGUAAUGCUUCAUUCCUCUACCUGUGUUCAGUCCAUUGUUCUUCAUAUUGUGGCCAGGAAAUGUUUCCAUAUUGAAUGUUAAUACAUAUUAUUUUCAUUAUUAUUAAUAUUACUGUUACUAUUAGAUUUGACAACAUUGAUUAUGGUAUGUUCAACAGUUUUCCUUGUUUGAUUUUGGAAUGAUGCGAAAAUAUUUAUUAGGAUUACUUUGGUCUUUGAGCUAGUGAUGUGAGUUUUACAGUUUAAAGCUGAAAACAUUUUAAAAACAAACUCACAUUCUGACCCGAAGUUCCAGCUGGUAGAAGAAAAAGAACUGCAAAAAGAGAAAAAAAAGUAGGAAAGUAGAAAACAGAUGCUAAUACCAAUGAGAAACAAUGCUUUAAUGAUUCUAAGUGCUUCACUUCUCAUUGGUGUAUUGUAGCCAAUUGCAAACCUAAAGCUUUAACCUAUUGUGAGAUCCCAGUCUUUGGCCAAAAUGAAAGGUUUUUAAGUAAUGGACUGAAUGUUGAUAAGCUGCAGCUGGAUACAGAGACAAAGCUAUAACGUUGACAUGUUUUUGCCAUUUUUUUUCUUUUCUUUUUUUUUUUUUUGUUAAUCUUAAGAUUUACUAUUAUUAUUGCAAAUUAUCUUGGGAGUAAUUAAAUCCUUUGCAGCUACAGUCUUAUUUGCCCUGGUAUGACCAAUAUUCUAUGGUAGGUAUUUAUCAAAUAGAUAUUUCUGUUUUACUGACAUAAUGCAAAAAUGCUUGUACGUCUGUUAUGCUACAUCUUUGUAUUUUAUCAUGUAAAUACAACUUGUGAUCACAUGUUCUGCAAUAUCUUAACAGACCUGUUUUAAAACUUUCAAAACUACCCUGGAAACAGUUCAAAUGUACUUCCUACAUUUGUUUGUUCUGCCAAAAUGUCUAAAUAUCACAAGGGUAUUUGGGGAUUUGUUUAAACUGAACCUUUCAUAUUAUUUAUUUAUUUAGACAUUUUGUAAGUCUUAGUGUUGUGGAGGCACAACACUGCCACUUUGGCAGAGAAACACUAUCAAAAUCUCAUUGAAUUACAUUUAUUCACCUUUUUGGUUUCUAUUCUGGUAAUAAAUUGCAUAUGAAUAUCUGAACAAACAUAUAGUGGGUUGAAUUUUACUUUUUAAAAUAGAGUGAAUGCUAAUAGAAUCGGAUGAUUUUAUAAAAGUGAAAGCAGCAUUUUCAGAUUUCUGAUUUCUACCAAAUAACCUGGUCUCUGUGUGACUGCUGACUGUUCUAUCUUAACUGUCUGUACUCUGACUUUUCUCAUUCUCUUGUAUUCCACCACGCCUAAAACCAAAUAAAGAGCAUUUGAGGUGUUGAACCAGAAAUUCAGAGA